AUGUCUCUGUUUUGUGAUCCACAACAUCCAUGCUGGGGAGCCCCUGUCUCCUUCCAGCCGCAGUUCCCGCCCAACAUAGGAAACCAUCCAGGUCAUAACAACGGUGAACACCAUGGACCUAGCCGUGGCGGACCUCAUCACCGUGGCCAUCGAGGCCACCCGAUUUUUGGAGGAUGGGGACAUCCCCAUCACGGUCAUUACCGACUGCAGCGUGCUCCUGGACUAGGAGACCAGGCAGAUGGACUGUUUGGAACGAGUCGUGGUGGACGUGGAGACAUGUUUGGACACCGAGGAGGUCAUCGCCCUUACUAUGGCAAUCCUCGUGGUCAGCACCGUGGCCGUGGUCGUGCAACUCAUGACGUUCUUCCUGACCCUCAUCAUGGCGGCUCUACAUUUGAGUUUCCAUCCCCCGGUCGUGAUUCGAAUGAAAGCGAGCGUGUCGACUUCGAACCUCCUGCAGAUGUCUUCGAUACUUCUACGGAAUACAUCAUCCACGUAUCCCUGCCUGGCGCGAACAAGUCUGAUAUCAACGUGGAGUACGAUGCGGAAAAAUCAAUCGUUCGUAUCGAGGGUGUAGUCUACCGUCCGGAAAUUACCGAAGAGUUACAUGCAGCCAUGAUCUGGAAUGGGCGUCGUCGGGAAGUGGGAGCAUUUGAGCGCUGCUUCGAAAUCAUGCCCUUCAGCUUUGGAGCUGCUGAUUUUGAUGGACAGAAAAUUACGGCUAAGAUGGUCAACGGGAUCCUUAUCGUACGCUUGCCCAAGAGUCCAAAGGAGGUCCAGGGUGAGAAACAGAACAAAAAGGUUGUCAUCAACAUAGACGAUGACCUUUACGACGCAGAUUUUGUCGAAGAAAAGGGGAAGGCUGUCGAACAUGAGCAAGAGGAUAUUGAAACUACCUCAAAAAAUGAACAGUAUGCAUCAGUAGUCGAGGUGGAGGAUGAGAUGGACUCCAUGCAUCUUAGCAGCGAGACGGAGACUGGCGAUUUGUUGGAAGAAAUCGACAACACAAUAUAUACGCCGUCUCAGAUGUCUGAUGAAGACAUAGAAGAGGCUGCUGAGUAUGUCAGGGUGGAUGCCAAGUGA